UAGCAGCAGCUCCCUCCUCCUCCUCCGUUUCCCUGCCUCUGCUCUACACUGCAGCUCCACCUGAGCCACUUUGGAUGCCUAAAGCAGCAGCAGCAGCCACAGGGAGAGAUCCUAGGCUGGCUGGAGAGAGGCAUCCUGAUCCUUUCUCCUCUGUGAAGUUGGACCUGGAAAAGGCGAUGGGAAGGGUCUGACUGCUCUGCCAUGGGCACCGGAGCCUGGAUCGUGCCAGGAGGAGGAGGAGGAGGAGGAGAAGGGGCAUUGCUGGCACAAGGGGGGCUCUCUCCAUGCCAGCCCCGGAAGCAAAGCAGUGAACAAGUGGGAUACAAACACCUAGAUUUGGAAAAGAUGGACUUCCAGAUAUCAACUAUAAAGUAUCCUUGAGGUCUCUUCCAACUCUAUGAUUCUGUGAUUCCAUCUCUACCUUGAGGUCUCUUCCAAUUCUAUGGUUCUAUGAUUCUAUGUAUCUUUGAUGGUCUUUUGGAAUGGAGGGAUUUUAAACAUAAUUCUGUCCACUCACUCAAGGCAGUGAGAAGUUUAUGUAGGCCAGAGAAGAUGAAUCAUACAAACCUCACAACAGAAACUAGUGUGGCUGUCAGAUCCAAGACAAUCACCGAAAACAUGCUGAUUGCCCUGACUCUGUCUGUAAUUACUACCCUGACAAUGCUGUUGAAUUCUUCAGUCAUCUCGGCAAUCUGUACAACCAAAAAGCUUCACCAGCCAGCAAAUUACUUAAUAUGCUCACUGGCUGUUACAGACUUGCUUGUAGCUGUUUUGGUCAUGCCCUUGAGUAUUACCUACAUAGUUAUGGAAAGAUGGACCCUUGGAUACUUUCUCUGUGAGAUAUGGCUGAGCAUAGACAUGACUUGUUGCACAUGUUCAAUACUUCACCUUUGUGUCAUUGCACUGGAUCGAUACUGGGCCAUUACAGAUGCCAUUGAAUACGCCAGGAAGAGAACUGCCAAAAGAGCUGCAGUUAUGAUUGGCACAGUAUGGACCAUAUCCACUUUUAUCUCCAUGCCUCCUCUGUUUUGGAGAAACCAUAGUGCUAAUACCAAUUCCAGUGAAUGUCAGAUUCAACACAGCCAUGUGAUCUAUACUAUUUACUCCACAUUUGGAGCAUUUUAUAUCCCUUUGACCCUUAUAUUGAUUGUCUAUUACCGGAUUUAUCAUGCUGCAAAGAGCCUUUAUCAAAAACGUGGAUCAAGCAGACACCUCAGCAGCAGGAGUACAGACAGUCAAAACUCCUUUGCCAGUUGUAAGCUCACACAGACAUUCUGUGUAUCAGAUUUCUCCACAUCUGAUCCAACCAUGGAAUUUGAUAGAAUGCAUGCUUCAAUGAGGAGUCCUACGUUUGACAAUGAUCUGGAUUUUGUUGGAGACCGACAACAGAUUUCCAGUGUACGGGAGCGCAAGGCUGCCCGAAUCCUUGGCCUUAUCUUAAGCGCAUUCAUUUUAUCUUGGUUUCCAUUUUUUAUGAAGGAACUUAUUGUGGGCCUAGGACUGGGCAAUGUGUCUUCUGAUGUGGCUCACUUUUUGACAUGGCUGGGUUAUGUGAAUUCUCUGGUCAAUCCUCUGCUGUACACUAGUUUUAAUGAAGAUUUUAAACUUGCUUUUAAAAAGCUCAUUAAAUGUUGGGAACACUCUUAAAACAACACCAGAUGGUUUCAAUGUGACUUACUGGCCUUAAAUAUGAAAGAGAGAGGAAAAAUAACUUAACCUAGCAACCCAUUUGGAUUAUUUUGUUUUGGGGAGCACAUAUAAAAAGGAUUAAUUUGGCUUGUCUUUCUGCUUAAUUUCUCUUUAGUCUAUGAACCUAUCAUGCUGUUUUCUACCUCUUUGUACUAUGAGUACAUGUGUUUCUAUAUCAUGAGAUUCAAAUACAUUUUAUUACACAGG